UGCCGUCGAGGGCCAACUGUUGAAACGUCUCAUCUGUCAACUCCUAUUCUCUUUUAUCUUCUCCGAAAUACUCGUGUUUUUUCAAAUUCGGAGCCGAAAUCUGGUCGGAGAGAUCCAACAACCCGAAAUUCAACCCGGUCGGGCAGCCAUUGAUGAGAAGUCUCUGAAGAUCGUCGUCUUCAUUGCUUCACAGGGAAGAAAUGUAUAGCCGGGGAUCGAAUCACCGGCUAGCUGGUUCGGCUUUCCGAUCUCAAGUUUCGGUUCUCAUGCUCACCAUGUUUGCCUCUAUGGCAUCGAUUUACGUCGCCGGCCGGCUAUGGCUGGACUCUGAGAAUAGGGUUUAUUUGAUUAAAGAGCUUGAUAGGAGAACUGGUCAGGCGAAAUCAGCCAUAUCAGUUGAUGACACACUGAAAAUUAUAGCAUGCAGGGAACAACAGAAGAAGUUAGCGGCCCUUGAGAUGGAGCUAGCAGCAGCACAGCAGGAAGGUUUUGUCUCAAAUCACUUGUCAGAAAAUAAGAGGACUCCUAAGAAAAAGCUUUUAGCUGUUGUAGGAAUUAUUACAAAGUUUGGCCGCAAGAACAAUAGAGAUGCAAUCCGUAGGGCAUGGAUGCCAACUGGUACAGAUUUAAGAAGACUGGAGGCCCAAAAAGGCAUUGCUAUACGAUUUGUGAUAGGAAGAAGUGCAAAUCGCGGAGACAGUUCAGACAAGGAUAUUGACAGUGAAAAUAUGCGGACUAAUGACUUCAUUAUUCUUAAUAACCAUGUGGAGGCACCUGAGGAGCAUCCAAAAAAGUCAAAAUUGUUCUUUAUUCAUGCUGCAGAGAAUUGGAAUGCUGAGUUCUAUGCAAAGGUCAAUGACGAUGUUUAUGUGAAUAUUGAUACUCUAGGAGCAACUCUUGCAACUCAUUUGGAUAAGCCUCGAGUUUAUAUUGGGUGUAUGAAAUCAGGCGAAGUUUUCUCUGAGUCGACCCACAAGUGGUAUGAACCAGACUGGUGGAAAUUUGGUGAUGGAAAGUCGUACUUCCGGCAUGCAUCAGGUGAGAUUUAUGUAAUUUCGCAAGCUUUGGCUCAGUUUAUCUCAAUAAAUAGAUCUAUCCUCCUCUCAUAUGCCCAUGAUGAUGUUACCACGGGAUCAUGGUUUAUUGGACUUGAUGUAAAGUAUAUUGAUGAUACAAAAUUUUGCUGCUCAUCCUGGGCAUCAGGAGCGAUAUGUGCUGGUGUAUGAUUAGAGCUGUCUCAACACGUCAUGUACAUUUAAUCAGUAAAAAUCAUUCAUUUACUGCUCACCCCUUGGCUGCCUCUCGAUGUGAGCAAGGGAGGAUUUGAGUUUUGCUUCAGCUCUGGCUGCCUCAAUUUGUUAGUUUGUUGAUUCAAAAAGGCCCCUGUCGGCUGUCCAGAGCUCUGCUCAUCAUUCACAGAGGUUUUGAAACAAUCACAAGGAGCCUCCCCUUUGUAUGAUGCAUCAUGAGAAUUAUCUUUCUCCAUUAAUUUUCAUUGUUUGACAGUACCUGUACUAAUGAUUUCAUUGUUUUAUAGAAAAAAUAUAUUUUAAA